UUCUUUUCCUUUUUUUUUUUUUGCCUUCUUCGAGUUGGUUGUUAUGUUUCUUGGACCCGUUUGUCGUCAUUGUAGAGGUUUAUAGUUUGAGAUUGAGAUAAUGAGACCUGAGAUGGUUGUGAAGGUAUUGUGUGACAUUGUUGUGGUUGAGAAGAUUAAUUUGGUUUAAAAUUGUUGAGAAAGUUGUUGUUGAAAGGCUUGAAAUUAAAGUUAAUUGAAUUGUUGUGAUCGUUGUUGUUGUUGGUAGUAGUUUGAGUAGUAUGAAAGAUUGAUGAAUAAAAAAAAUUGUUGAAUUGAUGAAGUUAUCAAUUACUAUAACUAACAUUUGCAUAUGGAUCAUUUAGGGUGUUUGAUUUGGAUCAAUAGGUUGAAGAAAAAAAGUAAGAAAAUAAAAAGAAGUCGUGUGUUUUUGUAGUGUGAAAUGCAUAAAAAAUAUGUGGUAAUUAUAUAUAGUUGUAGUUUGUGUUUUCAAAAUUGAUAAUUAAAUAAUUUUUUUAUUACAACGGAUACAAAGGAAAAAACAAUGAAAUAUUAGACCGAUGUUGCUGUUUGCUUCCUAAUGGUCGUCUUCAUCCGCUUUCAUAGAGAUUCAACAGCCAAACCACCAAAGGUUGGGGACGGUGUUCACGCGUCCCUUGGACGCCAAGUCAACUUUCAUGCAUGAGUUUAUACUCCACUCCAAACGGUGUUCACGCGUCCCUUAGACUAUCAUGUCAAGUUUCAUGCAUGAGUUUAUACUCCAAUCUCGAUAGCUUUAAUAUUACAAGUGAGUAUAUCCCAUAAAGAAGCAUAACUUCAAGUUCGAGGUGUUUCUUUGUUUGUGAAUGGUUUUGGUGCAAUUCCUCUUCAUGUUCGUGCUAUUAAUUAAGCUGGCGGCUCCAAGUUACAUCGUUCAGGUUUUUGCCCCAGUAAGUUAGGCAUAGAGUUUCAAGAUUUUCCACUGGUUGACUUCGCCUCUUAGUUUCUUUGGAGUCUGUUCUUCACUUCUUUGUCAAUGGUUUUGUUUUAAGUUUCUUUAGUCCUUUUCCUUGUAAACUGUUCUGGUUCCGGCUAUACUACUAUCGUGAUAAUAAAUUAUUAAUUUACUUGCUACCAAAUAGGCAAGUAACUUUGAUAGAAGACCUAACCUACACCUAGUUUCAUAAUAAAAUAAGCACUUAAAUCAAUGCUGGUUUAAUAUUGCAACAGUAAAGUUUCUUAAAGCAACUACAACUAAAGUUGAUAAAAGAAUAUCACGAAGAAAAUGCUGCUUAAGUUAAUGGCAUUAAAAGACUAAAGGACGAGCUGUUAGCCAACCGACACAAAGCAGCCGGUGAAAGCAGAAAGAGACAAGUUGAAAGGGAGAUAAAUUACACACAUCCGUGAUCAAAUAAACAAAACUGUGGCUUGAAAGCUUCGAUUGGUUCUAGGGUGUGACUAGCGACAACACCCCUGCAUGCAUGCAAAAUAAAUUUGCAGAACCAAAAGGUUAUGUGACGCAAAAACUUUGUCACCACCAUCAAUUAAUUAAUGGUGUCAAAGCAAACUAUAUUAUAGCCUAGGUUGGAGAAGAGUUCGCAUGCAUAAGAAGAAGUGGAAAAAAGAGAGAGAUAACCCGCGAAAAGAUCAUGGAAAACAUUCCGAAGAUAAUGAUAAGCUCUUCCGAUGGUCCUCGGGCCAUGCCAGUGAUCGGAAUGGGCACAGCAACACUGACCGCAUGUAGUGAUGAGGUUAAGGUGGCGGUUAUUGAGGCCAUCAAGAUGGGUUAUCGCCACUUUGACACAGCGGCACUCUACCAAACUGAGAACCCUGUUGGAGAAGCCAUCAGAGACGCCCUCAGACUUGGUCUCAUAAACUCCCGCUCUGAGCUUUUUAUUACGACUAAGCUGUGGUGUAAUUCCACCGAACGCCAUCUUGUCAUACCUGCAAUGAAGGAGAGUCUCCGGAAUUUGGGGCUCGAGUAUGUAGAUCUGUAUUUGAUACAUUGGCCAUUAAAGCUCAACCAAGAGCAUUUCAAAGUCCCGGUUCCAAAAGAUUGCAUAGGCACAAUUGAUAUCAAGGCCGUUUGGGAAGCAAUGGAAGAGUGUCAAAAUCUCGGACUUACCAAAUCCAUUGGCGUUAGCAAUUUUUCUUCACGAAAGAUUCAAGAAAUUCUUUCCUUCUCUAAAAUCCCUCCAGCGGUUAACCAGGUUGAGAUGAAUCCACUUUGGCAACAAAAACAACUCAAUCAAUUUUGCAAAGAGAACAACAUCAUUCUCACCGCUUACUCCCCUUUAGGAGCAAUCGGCAAUGCUUGGGGAGAUAAUCGGGUAAUCGAGUGUGAUGUUCUCCAAGAUAUUGCUAUGUCCAAAGGAAAGACAACAGCUCAGAUUUCUUUAAGAUGGUUAUAUGAGCAAGGUGUCAGCUUUGUAGUAAAGAGUUUCAAUACAAAAAGGAUGAAGCAAAACCUUGACAUAUUCAAUUGGUCACUGAGUGCCGAUGAGCUUAACAAAAUCAGCUAUAUUCCUCAGCGCAAGAAUGUUUAUUUAAUUGGUAUGAUGAUGAGUGAGCAUAACGAUGUAAUGGCUGAUAUUGACGAUGAGCUUUGAUUUGAAUAAGUAGUAAAAUUAGAAAUAACAGAUGCAAUAAUUAUGUUGAAUGCAUCAACAAAUUUCAUAAGAGAUCAUCAAUUAUUUUGGAUGCUUUAAUAUGAACUUUAUGAUCGAAGUACUGAUGAAAACAUAUGAUGAUGAAAUAUAUAUGUAGUCCAUCUAUUGGGCUAACUUAGUACUUAUUUUACCAUGUGAAAAACAAUAAUAUGCUUUACUAAAAUUGCCGAUUAUAGCAAUGCAUAGAGAUGGAAAUGGAGAGAUAUAUAA